CCAGAAUGAUUGCUCUAAGCACAGCGGCGUUAGCGGUGUCCAUCCCAGCGCUGGCCUACUGGCUACUCUGGCGGUGGCGGUAUCGGAGGAUGCUGCGUCUGGCUGCGUCGGUCCCAGGCCCACCAGCGCUGCCUGUGCUGGGCAACGCUCUCAUGUUCCUUACUAACACCACAGAACAACUGCAGAAGAUAACCAACUUGUUUGAUGUAUACGGCGAGUACAUCAGACUCUGGCUGGGCCCAGAACUCACUAUAGCAGUUAAGAAUGCAGCCGACAUUCGAUUACUAUUAAGCAGUAAUAAAAUAAACCAGAAAGGACCGCUAUACGAAACACUGAAACCAUUUAUAGGACCUGGGAUUUUAUCUGGAGGCCCUACCUGGCGGCCUCACCGCAAGGUGGUCACGCCAUCGUACAACAAGAAGUCAGUGCAGCAGUUCUCCAGAAUCUUCAACAAGGAAGCAGAGCUCUUGAUCAGGGGACUUAGGACCAAAGGACCAGACACUUACGAUAUAUUUUACGAUGUCCUGAACUGUACCACGCAGUGUGUUUGCCAAACUCUGAUGGGUCUCUCCAAGGAAGAAUCGAUGCAGAUACCACAAUUGAACGAAAUAGUGUUAAAGACACAGGGUAUGUACAACAUGAUCUUCAAGAAGAUGAUACAUUGGUGGCUCCAGAUUCCUUUCAUAUACUGGCUGACAGGGCACAAGAAGUUGGAAGACUACUACUCUAACUUGAUUGACAGAUUAACUGGUUACAUUUUGGAGAAGAGGCGAACAGCCUUGAAAGUCGAAGGAGCAGUGGAGGAAGACCUGAAGAGUGUGGUAGACCGGCUUAUAGAGUCAGGGGAAUUGAGUGAUCGAGAGAUCAAGUACGAAAUGUUCACUCUUUUCACUACUAGUCAAGAGGCGGCUGCCAAGAUAGCCUCUGGCGUGCUGAUGAUGCUCGCCCAUUUGCCAGACUGGCAGAAAAAGGUGUACGAUGAAAUUCAAACUGUGGUGGGCAUGUCAGCUGUCACAGAGGGUCACUUAAAGGAGUUGCUAUACUUGGACAUGGUGUAUAAAGAGACCCUGCGGUACUUCUCCAUAGCAGCAUUCAUUCAGAGGACUGUACAGGAAGAGAUUACAAUAAAUGACGGUAAAAUCACGCUCCCGGUUGGCACGUCCCUCAUAAUCCCUAUUCACUCGCUGCACCGUGACCCGAAGCACUGGGAAGAACCACUGAAAGCUAAGCCCGAGAGAUUCCUACCAGAGAACGUGAAAAAGAGGGACCCCAAUGCGUUUAUACCCUUCAGCUUGGGGCCUAUGGACUGCCUUGGUCGAGUCUUCGCUACAGCUAUGAUCAAGACCAUAGUGGUGCAUGUGAUCCGAAACAUGCAUUUGGAAGCUGAUGGUGUCAUGGACGACAUACCUUUAGAAGUAGCCAUCUCUGUCAGAUCAGCUAAUGGGUACCAAGUCAGGUCGAAGCUGAGAAAACAAAAUGGGGUGAAAGUUAAUGGGGUUGGACACAAGUGAAAAUGUUUGAAGGUUAGGUGAUCUUGAUAAACCGUCUCAAGACUCUACACUCUGUUUUUUCAUUUGAAUCAAUAAAGUGACUUUUGAAUAAUGUUUCUAAGAAGCGACGUAGAUACCCAAGUGAUAAUAAAAUAGAGUGGCAAACCUCCUGGUUAAGGCUGAGUUGUACCACCUAAUUUUAACCGUGACCAUAACUCGUGUUUUUGUAUAGAGUUGACUUUUGUUAAAGUUAAAGAACGUUGGUGCAACCCAGCCUUAAAAAAUCUACUUAUGACCUAUUUUGGCAUCUUAAUACCUAUGUUGAGCCCCAACUAGUAAUUAUGCAAUGUUGUUUGACAAACCAAAUGUAAAAUAAAAUAAAUUUAAGUAGCAUACCUAAGUAUUGAGUUAAAUUUUAUAAUAUGUUUCGUAUCCAAUGUUAAGUAAUUACCUGCUUUCUGUUAUUGCCAUUUUCUGUAAAAUAAAUUAAUAUUGUCCCGAAGCAGUGGUAGGGUUAAUACUGGGACGUGUAAAACUUUUUGAAAGCCUAUUUGCAAAAAUAAAUGAGUUUUAUGAGAUUUUUUUAAGAGUUUUAACAUGUAAGCAACUCAAUAAAAUUUAAUACAUUCUGGGGUCUGGAAGAUGAUCCGAAUGUUAAAAAAAUUGGUUUCAUUUGGUUGACUUUUGUAAUAUUAUGACUGUUGUAUGAAAUAAAUGCUGCCAAUUUGAAUUUA